AUGGCUACCGCGAAAGACACGUCUACUUUCUUUCUGGAGGCAGAUGCAAAAGAUUUUGACAGUGUUUUACAGUUAUAUCCACAAGCGAUUAAACUAAAAGCUGAGCAGAAAACAAAGAAACCAGAGGAGCUCAUAAAAUUGGACAAUUGGUACCAGAAUGAAUUACCAAAGAAGAUUAAAUCCAGAGGCAAAGACGCACAUAUGAUACAUGAAGAGUUGGUGCAGCUUAUGAAAUGGAAACAAGCGAGAGGAAAAUUCUAUCCUCAAUUAUCAUACCUGAUAAAGGUAAACACGCCGAGAGCUGUAGUGCAAGAGACAAAAAAGGCAUUCCGUAAGCUACCGAACAUUGAGACAGCGAUGACGGCACUCAGUAAUUUGAAGGGAGUAGGCACUGCUACGGCGUCUGCACUGCUUGCAGCGGCGAGCCCCGACAUUGCGCCAUUCAUGGCAGAUGAAUGCGUACAAGCGAUCCCAGAGAUGGAAGGGAGCGACUACACUGCCAAGGAAUACCUCAAUUUUGUAAACCAUAUAAGGAACGUCUGUGAUAGGUUAAAUAAGGAACAAAACGGCUGUGGCAAGAAAUGGUCACCACACAUGGUGGAAUUGACAUUAUGGACACAUCACAUCGUGUCAGACCUCCGGCCAGAGCUGCUAGGCAAGGCGCCUAGAACCAUUACUGCACCCACAAACGGGGGAUCACCAUUGCCGAGCGACGAAAGUAACCUUGAACCUCCAUCUACAAAUGGAAAUGGAAAAUUAGGUGCGGACUCAGUCAACGAGGACACGACGACGUCGUGCACAGAAGACUCUAUGGAUGCAAAAGCCGCUUCGCCUUCCACUCCUGCCACCCCUGCUUCACCCUCCGACAACUCAGAUUCCGCCUUUAGCACGCCGCGCGCCAAACGGCAAAUAGAGGAGGCCAGUUCAGCAGAAGAGAAUUCACUGGGUGAUUCUUCAGAUGCGUCGGCGCUACCUAUCGCAAAGAAACUUCGAAAAGCUACCCACUGA